GCAACCGGAUGUAAUUUAUUGAUGCAUAUUGAAAGUACAGGAAAAGAUGCUUGGUUUGUAGGACAUGAAACUUUGAGAUUCAGAAAAUGAAUUCCUUUGCCAGUAGUAGGUGUUUACUGCGUUUGUUUCUGAAAUAUCGUCAAGUGCCAGGGCUUUGUCAGAAAGGAAUUAGUACACAACAUGAAAAUACUGCUGCAAAGGAUAUGCCUGAUCUGACAGAAAAUCCCUACAAAGAACCCCCUGUGAGGUGUAUCCUGUGUGAUACACACAUUGACUAUAAGAAUAUACAGCUGCUUUCCCAAUUUGUUUCUCCAUAUAGUGGCCGCAUUUAUGGUAGACGCAUAACGGGUUUGUGUGAAAAGAAACAAAGGGAAAUCUCAAAGGCAAUUAAAAAGGCACAACAGUUAGGAUUCAUGCCAAUUACUCUGAAGGACCCACUAUUCAUCAAAGAUCCGAAUAUUUGCAAUAUCCGCAUCCUGAAUAGGACAGUUGUUUUUUGUUCUUUAGUAAACUAUCCGUCUUUUCAUGAAACUGUUAUCUAAACAUGUUUAUUGAUUGUAACAUGUUAAGUAUUGCAUCUUAUUUUCUGUAAAUUAUUUUCUACAUCUAAACAUUAAGAACUGAUUUGAAAUAUAGUACUAAAAAUUAAACUGAAAUUUGCUUUGAAUUUUGGACAGGAAAGUUUGCAAGGGCUUGUUAGAAAUGUAAGAGUUUUUGUUGACGUGGCAAAACUUGACAAGAUAAAAAAAAAAAAAAUGCUGUGAGCACAUGCAGCUAGGUAGUAAAAGAAUAAGCCAUGUCAUGGUGUAAGCUGGUAGUAUGACGUUUUUGAGGUGGUCCUAAGCACAAAAUGUAGGGGAGUACUUCAGCCACCUGUGGGAGUAGUAAUCUUGCACAGUAGUUCGUGACAACAAAACGUUUUAUUUGCAUUUUGCAGCUGGUGAGUACAAUGCUGUUUUGUAGCUGGCUCAGUCUCUUAUGGACUUGAAGUAAUACACACCCAUGCAGGUAAGGAAAGGUGCAGGGCUCGCAACUGUCAAAGCAAAAAAACAUAAUGUAGCCCACACACAAUGUUAGUUCUCAAUCAUUUAAUAACGCCUUAAAAAUAGGAAUAAAAUUACAACAUUACAACAGUUACAGCAUACCGGUUUUGGCACCAAACCUUUUGAAGCCACUGCAUGAUUAAGCAUGCUCUCUUGUUAAACAGUAAUCUUGGAAAAAAAUGUAUUUUGUAAAGAUGACUUUGAUUUUUGAUAGUGGGACGGUAAUGAUCUCUAUCUGUACCUCAAUUAAACUUGCAGAUGGAAACUG